AAGGUCUGCUACACCAAUCUCCCUACGGUGGAUCUAUCUCCCCUCCUCUCUCUCUGUGUUUUUGAUGACGGAGCAGCCUCUCCCGACCAUGCUGCUCCUACUCCUCCUUUCCGCUGGAUGCCUGCAACCGCAGCCUUGGCACUUGCACUGACGAACAAUCCCGGAGAGGUCCUGGACAUGCCCGUGGACCCUAAUGAACCCACCUACUGCCUCUGCCAGCAAGUCUCCUACGGCGAGAUGGUGGCCUGUGAUAAUCGUGACUGUCCCAUUGAGUGGUUCCACUUUAGCUGUGUAGCUCAGCAUAGCCAGAACGAAUCGCCAGCCAAGGAGAAUGAUGAAACGCAGGAAGAGAAAGCGCGCCUACUGGAUCGGAAGAUUGAGGAACUCAAGUUGAGGAUUUGUGACCUUCGUGGCAUAAAGGAUGUGAGCGAAUUAGACAUUGAGGCGGACUUGAAACGAUGGCGGGAGGUCCUGCAUGAGUACAACAAAGUCAAAGACGCGUGCCAAUUCCUCCUUGGUCAACUUGCUCAUAUCAAAAUGACCACAGUAAAAGACCUCUACCGGCACUUCGGGCUGGAUGUAAAUGACUGA